GUGCAUUCCGCGUCCGACUUUCGAUCCAUCAUGUUGCGUCUGAGUUCGCUCCUGCCUGUCGCCUUUGCUCUGGUGUUGUCAUCCGUCUCCGCUGAGAUAGUCAACUUUCAGACUUGCGAAGAUAGUGUGGACUCCUGCUCGAUUAGUCAGGUGCGGGUGACGCCCUGUCCGGAAGCCAAUGCCAAUGCCGCAUGCCACAUUCGCCGGAGGCACCGCUUCACGAUGAGCUUCGACUUUACGCCCCACUUCGAUGCGGACACCCUGGUGGCCAGCUUGGGCUGGGCCAAGAGCGAGAACGUGGAGCUGCCCCUGCUUACCAUGGACCAGGAGGCCUGCAAGUACACCACCUGCCCCGUGAGAUCCGGAGUCACCCAGACCUACACCAACAACAUGCCCGCCGACGCCAGGUUCCCGCUGAGUCCAUACACCAUCCGUUGGGCCCUGAAGGAUCCGGUUUCCCAGAAACGUUGCUGCUUCACCAUCGACAUCAAGGUGGUGCGCUAGCAAGGUGCACUCCGUAAUGGAUGCUCCACUUAAUAUUUGGAUUAAUAUAUAUCUUAAAUAUCUUCGAAAUUAAAGUGAUUUACAAGUGGGUCGAUACGAUAGUUUGGUUUGGUGUAAUUAGCGGCACCUGUUUAUAAUCUGUAUACCCAGUAAUUGGACUCAUUUCACCUUGAAUAUGUCAGCAGAACAAGGAAUGCUGCUGAUAUGAGUGCCAAUUAACACUUUGAAAUGACUAAUUAGGUAGAGUAUGCCAAUAAAAUAUGCGGGGUUACCUAAUUUCUUCUAGUUGAAAAUAUAAAUACUCUACU